UCCCGGGUCUCCUCCCUCUCGGUAUUUAAGCAUCUGCUCCAUCCUUGAGAGCCUGCAGUUUUCUGCGAUUUCAGUCUUACACACGCGUGAUUACAUGAAGUGAGCGGGAAACAUCGGUAUCCUCUCCAUAUCAGAGUGUCUUUUAAAGUAAGGGGUGAAUAAGUUCAACCUCAUUCUCUGGGACUGUAGGGGAGAACCAGCUGCUGGCAUGAAACCUCUGCUGCUCGUGUGUGUGUUUCUUCUGCCUCUGCAAACACUCGCGCUGACGCUGCGCAACAGAUCGAGUUUUCCCAGCAAACCCGGAAAGCUUUCAGAAACUAAGGGUGAUAUCUUCAUGGAAACCAUCACCAUUCCUUCAAUAGCUUCGAGUGUCGGGGCAAGGGAGCGCCGUGCGGUCUGGAGGGCCCUCCUGCAUAAAGGACCCCCGUUGAAACAGACCAACACAGCAGCCAAUCAAAACAGGGAACCUUUCCGGGAAUAUCGGCAUGACCUCAGAGGAUCACACAGUCAUCCACAGGGUCAGCGGAUGCGUGUGGGAUGCGUCCUCGGCACAUGCCAGGUACAAAACCUCAGCCACCGUCUCUACCAGCUGAACGGCCCACACGGACGGCAAGAUGCACCAAUCAAUCCCAGAAGUCCACAUAGUUAUGGAUAAGACUAUGACCGCACAACAAAAACCUAUCCAGAAAUAUGACAACAGAAGACCGCCGACACCAGCGGGGAACAAACUCAACAAAUGGUGUAAUCAAUGGUGUGCUGUCAUGAGAAAUCAUAUUCUCUUGAUCGCUUGAAAUAAGAGUUCAAAGUGCUUACUGUAACGUCCCCUAAACAAGCAUCUGUUAAAGCAACUCCUUACGAACUUCUGCAACUCUGACGUCAUCUAACAUUAACACACAGUAUGAUCGCCAAGAUUAACAUACAAGCUUCUAUUUCAGUGUUCAGAAACUUAGCCUGGCCUGGUUUUUGCAAGAAAUUGAUUAGUAUUUACAUUUCGAUUUUCACCGCAAUGUCUGAACUGUCUGAGAGCUGCUUCUUCAGCCUGGACAGUUGAACUCAGGUCAGUUCAGACAAUGCGGUGAAAAUCAGAGAUAAAAAAACACAUAUACUGUUCGGUUUCUUGCACAGGCCGAUCAUUUUGUGUCUUUACACAUCAAUGAAUCGUCACGGGCCGCAGGGUUUCAUUUGGUUUUGUUUGUGUAUG